AUGCUCAAGGGCAAGUGGUGCCUCGUGACCGGCGGCAACCGCGGCAUCGGCCAGGCCAUAGCGCUGGCCUUCGCCAAGGAGGGCGCGUCGCUGAUCUUGGUGGCGAGAGAUGAGGCGGCCCUGGCUGGUGCGGCUCAGGCGUGCACGGCCGCCGGCGCCGGUGAGGUCGCCACCCAUACCGUUGAUCUGGCGGACCCGAUCGCGGUGGACGGCCUAGCGAGGGACGCCCUGGCGAGGUGCGGGACGGUGGACGUGCUGGUGAACAACGCGGCGUACAGCGUGCGGGCCAACUCUCCCCUGGAGGGGGAUCCCGACGAAUUCGACAAGAUGAUCGCCAUCAACCUUGCCGCACCCAUGCGCUUGACGCGGCUGCUUGCGCCGAAAAUGGUUGAACAGCAGGAUGGUGUCAUCAUCAACAUGUCGAGUGUCUAUGGGCAGCAGCCCUCCGCUGGCUGGGGUGCGUAUUCGGCAACCAAGCAUGGACUGAAGGGUUGGUCGCAUUCGUGUGCUGCAACACUGAGACCGCACAACGUGAAGGUCAUGUGUGUCCAUCCAGGCUGUGUGUACACAGACACAGCAAGGAAGAAGGUGGAAGAGGACCCCAAACUGGAGGAGGUUGUGAAGACGCAUCUGAUGUCGCCAGAGGACGUCGCCGAAACGUGCAUGCUGGCGUUUCGAACGUCUUCGCGGUGCUGCCCGCUGGACGUCACCGUGCUGGAGACGCCUCCCGUACAGCCGCACUAUCCUUGA